AUAUGAUUCUGGACCAGCAGGUGGGUUCUGGGCAGCUCAGUGAGGAUGUUCGUCAUAGAGUGCAUGAGGCAUUACUGAAACAGCAUCACCAUCAGAACCAGAAGAAGCUGAGCAACAGGAUCCCAAUUGUGAGAUCCUUUGCUGAUAUUGGAAAGAAGCAGUCUGAGCCCCAUUCCAUGGAUAAAAAUGCAGGUCAGAUUGUUUCCCCACAGUCUGCUCCAGCCUGUAUUGAAAACAAAAAUGACGUGAGCAGAGAAAACAGCACUGUUGACUUUAGCAAGGUUGACCUACACUUCAUGAAAAAGAUACCACCUGGAGCUGAAGCAUCAAACAUCUUAGUUGGUGAACUAGAGUUCCUGGACCGUGCGGUUGUUGCUUUUGUUAGGUUAUCUCCAGCAGUACUGCUUACGGGACUAGCUGAAGUUCCGAUUCCAACCAGAUUUUUGUUUAUUCUUCUUGGACCACUGGGUAAAGGGCAACAAUACCAUGAGAUUGGAAGAUCAAUUGCAACACUGAUGACAGAUGAGGUGUUCCAUGAUGUUGCUUACAAAGCAAAAGACCGCAAUGACUUGGUGUCUGGAAUUGAUGAGUUUCUUGAUCAGGUUACUGUUCUUCCUCCUGGAGAGUGGGACCCAACAAUUCGAAUAGAACCACCUAAAAAUGUUCCCUCUCAGGAGAAGCGUAAGGUCCCAGGAGUCCCAAAUGGAACUGCAGCCCAUGGGGACGCCGAACAACCUGGAGGACACUCUGGACCAGAACUGCAACGCACUGGAAAAUUUUUUGGAGGAUUGAUUUUAGAUAUAAAAAGAAAAGCUCCCUUCUUCUGGAGUGACUUCAGGGAUGCUCUUAGUCUGCAGUGUCUGGCAUCAUUUUUGUUUCUCUACUGUGCUUGCAUGUCUCCUGUCAUCACAUUUGGUGGUCUGCUGGGAGAAGCAACUGAAGGUCGUAUAAGUGCAAUAGAAUCGCUAUUUGGAGCAUCCAUGACUGGAAUUGCCUAUUCUCUCUUUGGUGGACAGCCUCUCACUAUACUUGGCAGCACAGGACCAGUUUUAGUGUUUGAGAAGAUCUUAUUCAAAUUUUGCAAAGAGUAUGGGUUGUCGUACCUUUCUCUGAGAGCUAGCAUUGGACUGUGGACUGCAAUCCUGUGCAUCAUCCUUGUUGCAACUGAUGCAAGCUCCCUAGUCUGCUACAUUACCCGGUUUACUGAAGAAGCUUUUGCUUCUCUUAUAUGCAUCAUUUUCAUCUAUGAGGCCUUAGAGAAGCUGUUUCAUCUCAGUGAGACAUAUCCAAUCAACAUGCAUAAUGAUUUGGAUCUGCUGACAAAGUACUCAUGCAAUUGUGUAGAACCAGAACAUCCUAGCAAUAAAACCUUACGAUACUGGCAGGACUACAAUAUAUCUGCAUCUGAUGUGUCAUGGGGGAACCUAACUGUGUCAGAAUGUAAAAAACUUCAUGGAGAGUUUGUUGGACGAGCCUGUGGUCAUCAUGGCCCUUAUGUUCCAGAUGUCCUCUUCUGGUCUGUCAUCUUAUUCUUUUCUACAGUAACGCUGUCAUCCACACUUAAGCAGUUCAAAACUAGCCGAUACUUCCCAACAAAGGUACGAUCUGUUGUCAGCGAUUUUGCUGUCUUUCUCACUAUUUUGUCGAUGGUUUUAAUUGACUAUGCCAUUGGGAUUCCAUCACCAAAACUUCAGGUUCCAAAUGCUUUUAAGCCCACCAGAGAUGAUCGUGGCUGGUUUAUUACUCCUUUGGGGCCUAAUCCUUGGUGGACAGUGAUAGCUGCUGUAAUUCCAGCCCUGCUUUGUACUAUCCUUAUCUUUAUGGACCAGCAGAUCACAGCUGUCAUUAUCAAUAGAAAAGAACACAAACUGAAGAAAGGAUGUGGAUACCAUCUUGAUCUACUCAUGGUAGCAGUCAUGCUUGGAGUGUGCUCUAUUAUGGGAUUGCCGUGGUUUGUUGCAGCCACUGUCCUCUCUAUUUCCCAUGUGAAUAGCUUAAAACUGGAAUCAGAGUGCUCCGCUCCAGGGGAGCAGCCAAAAUUUCUUGGAAUCCGGGAGCAAAGAGUCACAGGCCUCAUGAUUUUUAUCCUUAUGGGCUCAUCUGUCUUUUUGACAAGUAUCCUGAAGUUUAUUCCUAUGCCAGUACUUUAUGGAGUAUUUCUUUACAUGGGUGCUUCAUCUCUAAAGGGAAUUCAGCUUUUUGACAGGAUAAAGUUAUUCUGGAUGCCUGCAAAGCAUCAGCCAGAUUUUAUUUAUCUGAGGCAUGUUCCUCUUAGAAAGGUCCAUCUCUUCACUGUAAUUCAGCUGAGUUGUCUUGUGCUUCUGUGGAUUAUAAAGGUUUCAAGAGCUGCCAUUGUCUUUCCUAUGAUGGUCCUAGCUUUGGUAUUUGUCCGAAAACUCAUGGAUUUCUUUUUUACUAAGCGGGAGCUCAGUUGGUUAGAUGAUUUGAUGCCCGAGAGCAAGAAAAAGAAACUGGAAGAUGCUGAGAAAGAGGAAGAGCAAAGUAUGUUAGCAAUGGAAGAGGAAGGGACUGUUCAGUUACCACUAGAAGGACAUUACAGAGAUGACCCAUCUGUGAUAAACAUUUCUGAUGAAAUGGCAAAAACUGCUGUGUGGAAGACAUUGUUGAUAUCCUCGGAGAAUGCAAAAGAUAAGGAGUCAAGCUUUCCUUCUAAAAGUGCUGAAAUCAGAAAGGAGAAGAAAGCUGACUCGGGGAAAGGUGUUGACCGGGAGACUUGCCUAUGA